AUGGACGACGACGACCCCACUUUCACCGGUGGCUACAUGCUGCUCAUCUGCUUUGGGGUGACGGUCGUCAUGCAGUGCAGCUUCUUCGCGGUGGCGUUCCUGUGUCAAUUCGACAAGGUCACGGACUUGGCAGGUUCCCUCAACUUUAUCACGCUCGCGAUCAUGUCCCUACUCGUCCAGAGCGAGUUCAAUAUCCGCGCGAUUGUCGUCACCUGCAUGCAAGUGGUGUGGGCCGUACGUCUUGGCUCCUUUUUGCUCCUCCGCGUGCUCAAGCGGGGCAAAGACGAGCGCUUCGAUGAGAUGCGCGCCAACUGUGCGUCAUUUUUUGGCUUUUGGAUAUUCCAGAUCUUGUGGGUCUUUCUCGUCUCCGUGCCGGUGGUGCUCGCGAACUCGAGCGAAAUCUACAACAGCAACGACUUUGGUGACGCUCGAGACGUCAUUGGCAUUGUAGUGUGGCUCGCCGGGAUGAUGAUCGAGUACGCCGCUGACACGGCGAAGUCCGCUUUCUUGGACGAUCCCAAGAACAAGGGCAAACUGCUGCGCUCUGGUGUGUGGAAGUACUCGCGUCACCCCAACUACUUCGGUGAGAUCUUGUGCUGGGUGGGCGUGACGAUCAUCUGCAGUGCCAACUAUAACAGCAGAGAAGACGAGACGUGGUUCUACUAUGCCAGUUGCGUCAGUCCCGUGUUCACGUUCCUCGUGCUCAUGUUCCUCUCGGGAGUGCCAUUGGCUGAAGACCGCUACGACGAGCGCUUUGGUCUGGACCCAUCGUACCUCGAGUACAAGUACUCGACCAGCCCAUUGAUCAUGCUGCCUCCGUCGAUCUACGGUCCACUUCCACAGCCGAUCAAGCGCUGGUGUUUCUUGGAGCUGGACAUGUACUCGCGCAAGCUACGAGAGCUGCGCGAUAAGCAGGACUCGUUGCCUGCUGAUUACCAAGCGAUUUCAGACUAG